AUUUGUUUACUGCGUGUCAAUGGAGAAAUUGAUCAGCAAAUGAUACGAUUGAACUCCGAAUCCCCGAAGAAGCAGGUGUCUGGUCAAACUCCGUCAAGUUCCAUGUGGAAUUAUUUAUAUUUUUAUAUCUAAAGAUUAAAUCCAUUCAGAAUGUCUGGAUCUCUUUCGGUGGUUUCCUUUGAAGGGGAACUGAAUGCUGUUGUGCAGGAGUAUCUAGAGUUUAGUGGCUUUGAUAAAUGUACAUCAGUGUUCCUCAAGGAAUGUGAGCAGAAAAGCAAACCUAUAGCAACUCACAGUAUCAAAUCCAAAUCCAAUCAAAAAUUAGUCGCAAUUCAGAAUGAAUUGAUGCAACACUUCCACAAAGGAAGGAGGGAGAAAUUUUUCAAAGAAUGGAAUGACAGCCUCCAUCCCUCUAUCAGAGAUGGGGACGCAGUGGCAAAGAAGCUGGAGUUCUACCUGAACAUUUACUUUGCAACCUUUCCCAUAAAAUUUGCCAGAGGACAGAGGGAGGCAGAUCGAGCUAUGGGAGACUUCAAGAAAUAUCUGGAGACGAGGGGUGCCUCUCUAAGUCAGACCACUGAGUUUCUGCCUUUUUAUGCCUUACCAUUUGUUCCUAAUGCCAAGAGUCACCCAUCUUACAAAGAAAUCUUUACAGAUUCUUGGGUAAAAGAUCUAGAAGUUCGAGUGGAGAAAUUUCUCACCCUGACCCUUAAGUCAAGGCCACAACCCAAACUGUUUGAACUUUAUAGAGGAAGUAAAGAUGGAGAUGAAACAGACCAAUUUCAACAAAUAUCUCGCCUGCAACAACAACUGGUGGACUCGGAGCGUAAAACAAUGUCUUACAUAAAGCGCCACAAUCGAGUACAGGCUGAUUACCACAACUUGAUUGGAAUUACAGCAGACUUGGUAGAUGCUCUAGAGUCCACUGUUCAAGGAAAGCCGAUAACUCCUGAGUAUCUACAGGAGAUCUGUUCACGUCUCUUUAGUCACCAUGUCUCCGGCUCCGUCGAUUUCACACGGCCAGGUACAGCUAGUCAUUUUCUCCGACAGUCCAUUGCACCACAAGUGCAGCCCAUGCAGGAGCCUGAUGCCUACCCACCCCUAGACUACACCAAGGUCAAGGAUGAUCUAGCUAAUGGACAAUACAAAAGAAUAGCUCUACUCCUACAGGCCAUCAGAUGGAGGCUGACCCAGUCCAAUCCCCAGCAGAGAGACACGACGAUGACGGCGUACAGAGAUAAUGACCUGUUAGGGUGUGCUAAAGCUGGGGCUCACAGGACAGCAGUCCUGGGUCUUCUUACCUCCCCUGAUGAUAUGGUGAAACAGACUGCAGCCAGACUCUUCAAUGCAUUUGCUUCUCUCUGUGCAGGGAGAACCUAUCUGGCUCAGAACCAGGAAUUGUUUAAGGCUCUGUUAGACAACCUCCAUAGUGAGGAGAAGGAGUCUAUUACCAGAGAGAUGGUGUUAGGGGCACUCCAGAAACUCAGUCUUAGACGUAACCUGCAGUCCUCUAUGAUUGAUGCUGGGCUGAUUGAGUGGCUUGUCAAAGUUCUAGAAGAUAAUGACAACCUGUCAGAUUACACUUUAGAGUACUCCGUGGCUCUUCUCAUGAACCUCUGUCUCAGAACGUCAGGCAAAAAGCGUUGUGUGGGAAAUGCACACCAGACCCUGAAAGUGCUAAGUGAUCUCCUUGGACAUGAAAAUCAGGAAAUCCGUCCUUAUGUAAAUGGUGCCUUGUACAGCAUUUUAGCUAUUCCAUCCAUCAGAGAAGAAGCAAAGGCUAUGGGUAUGGAGGAAAUUCUGCGAUGCUUUAUUAAAGAUGAUCAACCAGAUAUGAACAGACAGAUUGAAUUUAUCAUAAAACAGCUGAAUUCAGCGGAGACUGUAGACGAGUACGAAUCAGAUGACGAGGAAGAUGACGAAGAAGAGGAGGACCAGGAUGCCAUGGAGUUAGAUUUAGACAAAGACGAGGACAUUCAGAUUGAUGACAGUGAACCGACGGGAGAGAAAUUACUGACAGAGGAAUACCAGGCUCUGGCCGGCUCUGGGAAACCAAAGAAAAAGCAUUUUGAUGCAGUCAUGCAUGAACCUCUCCAGAGACCGAUUACUCCAAGUCAACGUCGCGCUACAGAGCAUCCGUCAAUCAUCCAGAGUCGUCCCACCUCCCAGCUGUCUCAGAUUCCGGAGGGGAGGACCGACAUGUCUCGCCCCCCGACCAGGAGCGGCAGUCGUCCCAACACCCAGGAGGGGCUCAGAUCAGCUUCUAGAGUGAGUCAGCUCAGUCAGGGGAGUGCUAGGGCUAGUCGAGAUAACCCAGAGGUGAAGGAAUACAACCAGGCCUUUGGUUCCCGACCCAAGAUUCCCCGAACGCCAGAUGUGUCGAGUCUGGGAAAGAACUCCAAUCAAAGCCGCAUGUCACAGCAGAGUCAGGGGAAAAUAAGUAAAGUGCCUCGUACCCCGGACUCGGGUAAGCGCCCCACCAGUCGAGGGUCCAUCAGCGGAAUGCCUCCCCCACAGCCCCAGUACUCAGAGUCAGGGCCACGCCCAAGUUCUGCAGGAAAAUCUGUCUCUGGAUCAGAAAAUGCUCCACCCUCGAGGAAAGGAUCCAUUGCUAGUCAGAGAGAAACGCCGAAGUCUCCAGAGCCAUAGUUAUAUACAGAGUUAUUGUUCCUGCGUACUCCUAUCUGCUUUCCUACAUGGAAUACAUGUACGCUAACAUUCAAAUCAGUAACUGAUUUAUACAUAACUGAGUAAAUUUUUUUUAGUUUUUUUUUGUAAUUUGAAAUUCCAUUGAUGUAGAUUGCAGAUAAUUUAGUAUAUAAGUAUAUUGAGAAAUUAGUUAGAGAAUAAUGAUAACGUUAGCUCUUAAUUAUCUAGCCUAAUUUGAUAAAUUCUUAAUUCAGCUUAAUUAUUUAUUAUAAAUAUAUACUGAAAAUACUUGCAGAAUUUUAAAAGAUUUAUUCAAUGAAAUAUUUUUUUUUCUUUAAAUUAUGUUAAUUAGAAUAUUUGAAUUUUGCAAUAUUUACAUAAAACCAAGUUGUAUCUCAGGUGGUUUGUUAUGAAAGAUUAAAAUUAUCGUUGAGGUCUUCGAUGUAUGUUUUUUUUUUUACAUACAUGUUUAACUCCCUUUUUUGAAAGGAUGAAUCUCUUCAUAUCCUUUUGUAGAAAUGGUUGUAUUUUCGCAUAAAAUGUAUUAUUUUUUAACUAAUUUUCUCUGAAAUGUAUUUAUUUUAAUGUGGAUCUCUUCUAGUCUGUGAUAUCAGUGAUAGUACAGUGUAUUUCUACCGGUAAUCCUUAAUUUCAUAAGAAUUUAUUAAAUUAAUAUAACUGUGCAAAACUUGAUUGUAUCACCUGCUCAUCAGAGCCAUCUUUGUGAUCAUUUUUCCAAUAUGUUUGCCCAUACAUCCUGACAUUAAACUUCAAAAUUGCUCCAGUUUUAAAAAUAUUUUACUAAAUAAGGCAGUAUACACUAUGUUUCACAGACCAUAAUUUGGACUUCACUUGAAAUUUAACACAUUUAAAAAUUUUCAUAAUACCAGUUACAGAAUCAAACAUUACCAGAAUUAAUUACAUGCACCCAUGCCCUUAACUUUUUAUUCUGACAAUAGUGUUCCUUUUGAAUUGUAAUAAUUUUUAUUGAUUGUUUACUGUUACAUUUAUAAUAAUGAAAUAACACUGAUACUAUUUUUAUUCAUAAAAUAUGUUCGGACAUCACAUUGGUACUCACCACAUGACCUUGAACUUGACUUUAGUACAUGCUGCAAACCUCUUUUAAGGUUCGUUGAUACUCUGAUAAGAGAGAUAACUCUUAAUGACACAAAUGUCUAUUAUUCCUUUAUAGAUUUGCCAAGUUGAAGUGUCUUUUUUGUCCAAUUUUGCCCUGCAAGCUAAGCUAUUACAUGUAUUGUUUUUUUUAUUUAAAAAAUACAACAUUUUAUAUAAAUGAGCAGAGGGUUUAUGAACCUUAAAAGUCCAGAGUAUUGUUCAACAGUUGACAAAUUUUUAUUAAAAAAAAAAAAGAAAUUGACUCUAUGGUAUAUUUUUUUCAUCUUUGGUUGAUAGGAGUCUGCAUUUAUUCCAUGCAUUACUCCAAGUCACCUCUGAAGCAUUCAGUCUCUCUGAAAUAUUGCUAAUAUUGGCAACAUGUUUCCAUAGGAACACUCUAGUUUAAACUCUGAAUUGUAUUAUUGUAUUAAUUACAAAAUAAAAUCAAUGUACCAAUGAAAAAUUACAUUGCCUUAAGGAUACACCAAAGGCUUUUUUCAAGAUUUUUGUCAAUUUUGAGAUUUUUGGCUAAGAAAACAAUGCUAAUCACUGCUUUAUAAUGCAUGAAAAAUUCUUGCUGAUUGUUGAAUGGUUUUCUAAUUAUUUAACAAUAAUCAAACAUAAACACUAACACAUGUGAAUGUGCCGUUAU